UUACAUCUGACAAAGAAGUGUUUGUACAAACGUUUGUCGUCUGCUGAAAAUUUACGUACUUGAACAAACUCGGUUUGAGUAGUGUGUGGAAGGGAGCUUUAAAAAUUUAAGUACUUUUACGCUUUUAUCUCAAAACUCAACAACUGAUAUGAUAUCAGCGUCAAUUUCUUUCUCUCGAUGGCAUAUAACAUUUGAAUCAAAUUACAGCAAGUAAAAAAAAUCUGUGUGAAUAUUUGCUUGAAAAAGGUUGAUGAAUUGCAUUGGCUCCGUGCCAACUGCCAAGUUAUACGGCAAUAAAUGGCCCUAAUAUAAUGUGAGAUUUGACUGUGCUGCUCUCUCAAGCAUAGACGCCUUUGUGGACAGGAAACUGAUUAAAUUUUUUGCCCGAGGAAGUCGAGCGUGGAGGGAUAUCCGUUGCCAAUGGAUACAUCGCUUUGUGGGAUUGGCGAAAAACUUGUCAGCUGCGUUUCCUGCCUCGGGGGGUUUGUAGUACGUGCGAACAACUCAGACGAUUCGAUUCCUGAAAAGCGACGUCUCGGUAAAAUCCAUUACGUACGAAAUAGUCGAGGCAGACAUUUUUUUAUGUUAUAACCGACGCCAUUUUCCACUGUUAAAGGGACUUAUCGAUUUUUUUAUGAGGACUUAGAAUUUAGUCACGUUGAACAAGUGUACAAGUUGAUAACUACAUAAAUUAUUGACUACAGUGUGUGUUGCGUAAUACAUCCACUGAUCCAGGCUCGGGAUUUAUUCAAGCGAGCAAAGGGAAAAUGCAAGCACUUGAUGUAUGGUUUCCUUAAAGGAAUUAAUGCAUUCAUAAGGUACAUGUAGCAUGCAGACUAUGCAAAUUAAAGCAGAGAGACAAGACACUGGUUAUAGUGUUGCUUCUGGAUACCAGCCUCCACCAGCAUUACCAAUACCAAAUGGAGGCCCACCAUCUCACCCCUCUCAACUGAGCAAUGCCUUCAGACAAAUGCCUCCGCAGUUAUAUGCAACGUAUAGCCAAGUACCUGGCCAACAACAGAGCAACGCAGGUGGGCAACCUCCUUAUUUUCCCCCACCCUCAUCAGUGUCUGGUUCCCAAGUGAGUCAAGUUACAAAUGGAAACAAUGAACAGGCAGAUGCUGAGAAAAUAAAGAUCUCAGAAAAUCAGAUAGACUUUUCUAGUGUCAAAGGCAUUUUUGGAUGGACCACAGUAGAUGGAGUGAAUGUGCCAUACAUUUUUAGGAAAGACAAACAAUUUGUGUCAGUGCGCAUUGUGGAACAAAAACUUCUUAGUAAGUAUCCAAAUUCCUAUCCAGACGAACUGGGCAAGCAUCAGCCAUUAACAAGUUAUUUCAUCACUGGGCAUGAAGCCAAACUUUUGAAUGAAAUCAAUACUGUACACUGUGGUGGUGAAUUUGGUCAAAAGCAAUUUAAUUCCAAGGAUUUAAUAGUGCUAUUAGAAGAUUUUGUGGAUUUUUACAACCUUGUGAAAAAGACUUUUCCAGAAGCCAAGCAAAACGAAAUGAAUGGGAAUACCUCUAUGGGGCCCCCACCAUUGCAGUCCAUGCAGAUUAAUCUAAAACAAACAGAAGACAGCAAUGAGCCAUGUGGAUGGAUUCAAGUGAACAAUACAGUGACUCCUUAUGUGAGAAGAGAAGCACUUGGAAAAUUUGUUCCACUAUCUGUCAUGAAAUAUGCAGCUGCUCUUAGCAUCCCAGAAAAGGGUGUGUUGCCUUCUGAGGAAGAGUGUGACUUACUAAACAAAGCUUGCAAAUUAGCCGGCUUUAAUUUCACUUUUUCUAUGACAACAAGAAUCAUAUGCCUAACGGACAUUUUGAAACAUUGCAAAGUUCACAUUAUGGAACUUCCGAUGGAAAAUCCACUUCAACAUGCACAAUAUUUAGAUCUUCCAUCAUCUACUUCCUCCAUAUCUCAAACCACAGUAGAAAGUCCAGCAGCAGUUAAUUCAUCCAUUUCUGGACAAACACAUAUGACAUCACAAUCCUCUCCACAAUCAAUGAGACAUGACAUUUCUGAAGUUGCAGUAGUCCCAACUGAUAAGCAACUAACGCCUGAACAAAACACAGUGUUUCCUCCCCCUGGGUCCUACAUGGGACCACCCUAUCCAUACAUGGACCCUCGGUAUAUGUUUACAUUUAACAGACAUCAUUAUCCUAUGAAUUAUGGUCCUCCUAAUGUUACAGUUAACCAGCCUCAUCCUGGUUAUCAACCAGGAAACAGACCUCCUUAUCAAAAUGGCCAUUUUCCACCUGGUCAACAAAAUAGUCAAUAUCCUUCUCAAGACCAAAUAAGGCCAUCUCGUUCUCCAAUCAGGAGCCCUACUGCAAAUGUUCCUCCAUCCUCAUUGAGCAAUCGUGUGUCCCCCUCUUCAAUAGGAAGACCAAGGGCUCCCCUAUCAAAUGGCAUGAACUCAGCAAAUAUGUACCAUCCCUCUCAGUUAGGUUCCCGUAUGUCAGCUUCAGAUUUGCAAAGUUUCAAUAUGGCAAACCGACCAAGAGGAAAUGUUGGCAGACCCCCUUACAACCCUCGUGCAUCCUCAUCAAAUAGAAUGUCGAAUUCCAGCAGUAUGCAAGGUUUCCCUUUUGUGCCAAAUUAUCCAAUGCCACAAAUGGUCCCUCCAAACCAGCAGAGGCAGGGGUUGACAAUGAGAGCCAAAACUGUGAAUAUUCCUCCCCCUCCAAACAUGUCGGGACCACACCAGGCACCAAGACAACAUGGUCCAAGAAUGUCAUCCCAACAGGGUCUUUCAAAUGGACAGCAUCGUCCGGCUGCUGGAUUGCCCCAAGUUCGCCAGCCAAUCAUUAACUCAAAAAUAAAUGAAGUUCCAGGGAACAAACCAGAACCCCCACCACAGGAGAAAAGCACUCCUCAAAACUCUCAAAAUGGUCAAAAUCACACAAAAGAAAAGACUUCACCUCCAGCUUUGGUUGAAAGUAUUAAAGGUGUUUGGUUAGCUGGAAAGAGCAUAUCGUGCAUGCAUUUGAAUAGACCUGGCCGACAGGGCAAAUUCUGCCUUGUGGAAGCUGUGUGCAAGCUUUAUUUUAAUGGUUGUAGUGUGAAUGAAUUUCUCUAUGCACUGGAGAAUGUCCUAAAGGUUCCUCUGGUAACCUGUACAGAUGAAGAGGAGAAAUCGUUUAUUUAUUAUUACAGUUUACCUGUUACAGUACUGAAGUGCAACAAAAUGAUCAAUUACGAUGACCUAAAUGAAUAUUUUCCCCAGUUAUCAUACGUGUUCAGGGAGAAAACAGGGUCAAACGGUGAUAGUCAGAGUAACCCAAAUUCUACCUCAAACAAGAGCCAGGCCAGGGGUGUCGGUGAGGAUUUAUCCAGGAAGAGGCCUAUAAACACAAAUGGAGGACCACCUAGUAAGCAACCAUGUCGUAAACUGGAAGCAACAGUACAAAGACUUCUCAGUCAGCAAGAAUCACAGAAAACUGAAUAUCCCAAUAAACCUAUUAUCAAUGGGGAGUCCUCAGGGGGAGCUGUUAUUAUUUUGGAUUGAAUUGAUACACCCCAUAAAGUAUCAUUCUUUUCAAACAGAGACCACCAUAAGCCAGACUUAAGCAAUGCUCCCUUCAUCAAAGUUAUUGGAAAGUGCCAUGAACCUUCAUCUGAAGUGUUGAUCACCAAGAGUAAAAGGGAGCAUUCAAAGCAUGAAGAAAAAGCCAAGAACUUUUAAAGCAUUUAUUCUUCAGAAGAUGUCUUGAGUUUUUUUGCAGGACUCUAGGCAUUCUGUUGUGAGCAAUGCACUCCAAUUUGGACUGUGUAGAGAUGAUUCUGAUCAAAUAGGUUGUGUCUGUUAAUAGUACUAUAUUAAAAAAAUGAGUUGGAUGAGUUAUUGUAUUUUUAAAUUGUACAGUAUAUUUUGCCUCAUUGAGUUUUUCCUCUCAAGACAAAAGAGAGGAAGAAAUAAUGACAAAUGGUAAAUACGCAGAUUUUUUUUUAGAUUGUCUCAUUUGUCACUGUGACAGAGUUUUGUGUUCGACAACUGGGCAUUAUUGUAUACAUGUAUUGUGUAUAUAACAUUAACAAGUGGUAACUAAAUAUGUAUGUAUAACAAAAAUUAAAGAGGAAUAACUCUUUUCAACAGCAAUAGUUUUACCAUUUUCACUGCCAUUUAUAACAUGAAAAAUAUGAUUUCAUAGGAAAAAUAAACUUUUGAUGAAUGACCUUUGUUGCAUUAACAUGAACUCCUUCACCCGAUUAACUUAAUUACCUUAUUGAAUGUUUUCACAACAAACAAAUACAAUACAUUUUGCUAUGUUGUAAAUUUCUUUUUAUAAUAAAUAUGAUUUUCUGUAUUUGAUGCCACAUAGUACCAUAUAUCCCUGUUUUCAUCUUUGCAAGUUUUUUUUUUAUUACAUGUACAUGUAGAUAGCAGUAGUAUUUUUUGAGCCAAUGCUAAGUAUGUUAUUGCAAUAUGGCCAAAACUUGAGUGCUAUAGAGUUAGUAAAAUGACAAAUAUAGUGUAGAAGUUUUGGGUGUUUUUUUAUUGUUUGUGUUUUGACCUUUUCUCUGUUACAGGGUAUCGGUCUUUCUUAGUUGGCAUUACAUUUGAGAGCAAUACUUAAUUUCAGAGAAUUUUUUUUCUCUUUACCUGUUUUAUUUUAUGAUUUUAUUACAUGUAUUCUGAUAUUUUGAACAGUUCAUUUUCACAUGAAAUUUCAUUUUUUUUCCUUAUCCAGCAUGUCAAACAAUAAAAUCCCCAUACUUUCAUAUAAUUUUUUAUUUCAUAUCUUAUCAACAAUCAAAAUAGGUUAAAAGAAAAUUUAAGCUAUUUUUUAACUUCCUAUAAAUCUUAAUUUUUCUCUUUGGUUUUUUUUUGUAAUGAACAUUUACAGACAUUGCCAAAAAAAACUGUAUAAAAAAAAAUCAAACCAACUUCUUUUAGGGUCUUUUGUUUGAGCUUUGAAAAGCAUUAUAAGAAACUGGUCACACACAACACGAUGCGUGGUAAAUUUUAUUUUCUAAUGUUUUUUUUUUUUUCAAAAGAGUGAAAGUGUACAGAACAUUCAUGGCCACCAUCUCAUAUUGAGAGAGAUGAAAUCAUUGUUUUUAGACUUCAUAACAAACAUUUUUAUACAUUUUUCAUGUUAUUUCAUAAUUUGUUAAUAACUUGUGUACACAUUGUGCUGAUCGCGUUAGUAAUUGAGAAUGAAGUAAAAACUGAAACAAACAA